CCUCCCGGCAGCUGGAGUUUGUGGGGAAAUCCGGGGACAGCGGCGGGGGCAUGUACACAGUCAAUCUUCACAAAGCCCUGGCCUCGUUGGCCACGGCCACCCUGGAGUCCAUCGUGGAGGAGAGGUUCGGCUCCCGCUGCGCCAGGAUCUUCCGCCUCCUCCUGAGGAAGAAGCACCUGGAGCAGAAGCAGGUGGAGGAUUUUGCCAUGAUCCCGGCCAAGGAAGCCAAGGAGAUGCUCUACAAAAUGCUGUCGGAGAAUUUCGUCUCCCUCCAGGAGAUCCCCAAGACUCCUGACCACGCGCCGUCCCGCACCUUCUACCUCUACACGGUGAACGUCACGGCCUCGGCGCGGAUGCUGCUGCACAGGUGCUACAAGCGAAGGCGGCCGUUGGGCCACCCCAACGUGUCCCCUCACAUCCCCCAGCCCCGGGGGCAACAUGGCUUGGUGUAA